AUGGAUUUCCAGAGAGAAAUCAAGAAAAGGAAGUGCCACAAAGAAGAAGAAGGUGAAGAUCAGCACUUAAAUUGUUUGCCACAUGAAAUUGCCCUCGACAUACUCUCUAGGUUGCCCAUCAAAUCUGUUAUCCAAUCCAGGUUUGCUUGUCGAUCUUGGAACCUGUUGUCUCAUGAUCUACAACUUGUUAAUAUGCACAUGUCUCGGGCACUGAUUUGUCAAAGGUUAUGCCUUAUUUUCCACUCUGAUUAUCCCAUUCGAAACCAGCUUCACUUUGUUGAAUUUUCUGAUGUUGAUGACAAUGAAAUAGUGAGAAAAAUCGAUACUCCCUUUGUCGGUUCCACGCCAGAAUUUAAUAUGAUUGGCUCAUGCAAUGGUCUGUUGUGCCUGAUUGAUUCAUUAUUAGCUGACUCCAUAUACAUAUACAAUCCUUUUACGAGGGACUACAAAGUGCUACCCAAGUCCGUUGAAUUUGAAGAUCAGAUUGUCAUAGUUGGAUUCGGAUUCCAUCCAAUUACUAAAGAGUACAAGGUGAUCAAGAUAGUUUACUAUCCGAAUGCCUAUAAUCUUGAAAUUCCUAGGCACUUCCGCAGAUUAACCAAUAUGAGUUCACGGAGAUCAGAUGUUGAGAUAUUCAAUCUGGGUACCAAUGAAUGGAGAAGCAUAGGCGAAGCACCUUACAGACUAGAGAAAAGGUCUUCACCAGGAGUUUUGUUGAGUGGGAGACUUCACUGGAUGAGUCAACGGGGAAACUACAAUUGGCGUCGUGACAGGAUCAUUGUAUCUUUUGACCUUGUCGAUGAUUCAUUUCAAGAGAUUCCCAGGCCUGACACUGGUAGAAGUUGGACGAAUGGUCAUCUUGCUGUUUUAGGGGGUUGCCUUUCUGCUGCCGUGCCUUUUCGUGGGGGUAAUGGAGCUUUGGAUAUUUGGGUGAUGAAAGAAUAUGGAGUGAAAGAUUCUUGGGUGAAGGAGUUCACUGUUGGAGCUUACUCCCCAAGGUUUAUUCUUCCUAAAUUGAAAAAACCUUAUCGGAUUUGGAAGAACUUUCUGGGUCGGCGAUUCGUCCGGAUUAUAUGCCUUUUGAAGAAUGGGGACAUCUUGGUGGAGUACAGAGGAGGAACUUUGGUUUCUUAUAAUCCCGACAGCGAAAUUUUUAAGGAGGUUUCAUUUCGGGGGAUGCCAAGAUUGUUUCAGACAAUAGUUCAUGUUGGUAGCCUUAUACCAGUUGUUCAAUCCUGA